CACGACGCUGGAAGUCAGGACUCGGGGGUCCGGGAUGCGGAUCAGGGAGGCCCCGGGAGAUCCUGAGGUGCGGGGACCCUGGGACCCGCGGGACGGAUUGACUUCUGGACCGCAAAUGCAGGGGCCCCGGGGAUGCUUAGGAGUCCGAUGACGGCGCCGCUGGGUUCGCAGGACCUGGGCCCCUGGACCCCGGGUGCUCCCAGAGCAUGGGAACCAGAGGCAGGAGUCCCCUGGUCCACGGUUCCGGGACCCUUCGGGACUUCUCUGGACCCCGGAAUACAGACCCUCAGGAUGCCCCCUUUGGGGCACGGAACUCGGGUGCAGACCCUUUCCCUGAGCCUUGGUGGUGGAGUCCCGCCACUGCAGCCACUCACCCUUUUGGCCCCAGGACCCAUCCCACUCCCUGAGAGCGGCCCGUUCCAGGGCCAAGGGCAGCUCUCGGUUCCCAACAGGCGGGACCACAGAUCUGGGAAGGGCCUCCCUCUUUGCUCUCUGGGGGUGGGGUGCCCUUCUUGGGUCCUCAGGCCACUCUCACUCCAAAGCCCUCCCUCCAUCCUCCUUUUCACACUCUCCACCUUUUUGGAGUUUACUUUCUAGACACACCCCCAUCCCCACCACAGGCCCAGAUCUGGCAUGAAGUUUUUAAAAAAUGAGAUGAGGAUAGAAGGGUGACAGCAGGGCUCUGGGGACCCUGUUGUGCCCCAGGAAAAGACCCCCCAUAUACACCUCCUAGGCCCAGCAGAGAGGGACGUGGAUCUGGUGGGAGCCGCCAUCCCCCCAAAACCACCUUAAAGCCCCUCUUCUGGGAGGGAGACCCGGACCCUGGAAGAGGCCCGGAGUUUCACCAACCCCGAUGUCACUGCUGAGGCCCGUUUUCCUACCCCUGUCUCCUCCCCAUGGAAGAGGCAGGACCCAAAUCCAGGCCUGUGGCGCCCUCUUCUGCCGCCUCUAAGAACUGCGCCCCUGCAGUUGGAACUGUCGGGUUUUUGUGGGGACUGACUGAGCAGCCGUGCCCAGCCUGUCCCCCAGCACUGGGUGCCCUGUCCUCAUGCAGGCAACAUCCUGCCCACCUUAGAUGUCUCUCAAAGCUCACCCCUCUUUCACAGGCUGAUCAAAUCUAGGAGAACUUUCUGGGUGCCAUUGGGCACAAGGGACCCCUUAGCCCCUGGUUUGCCUGGUUCAGGGGCAGUGAUGUAUAGGAGUCCUAAGAGGAAGCACUCUGGCUUGGCUUCCAGCAUGAAAUCAUCAGCCAGUUGAUGAUCAUGGAGCCUUAGUCCUGGACUCUUGAGGGGUUCGCAGACAGGAGGGGUAGGUGAGGUCAGGACUGUGGUGAAUGAAGGAUCUGAGGUUGCGAGAGUCCAGAGGGGAGCCAGAGUUCUGAGGGUGGAUGGGAAUGUCUAAAUAGAGGAGGGGGCAGUGGGGCUGAGUUUUGAAGAAUGUGUAGGAGUUGACUGACAUAGAGAAAAGUAUUCCAGAUUGGGAAUGGCACAUGCAAAAAUCCUCCAAGUGGGAUGCUACCAGGGUGGCCAGAGACACAACAGAAGGCCCUAAAUGUCAGGCCAGGGAGGCUGGGUUUAGUGCUGAUGGCUGUGGGGAACACAGAAGGGUUUAGAGCAGAGGUAGGGUGGGAGGAGACAGGCAUGAGGUCUAGUUAUCAAGAUGGCCUCUGUUUAUUGGACACCUAUUGGUGGGGGUGGGAAGGACAUGGUGGUCACCAGCCUUAACUGUGACCACCUCCCUUCCCAGAACCCGUUUCACCUACAGUUGGACUGGGCCAGCCCCCUGGAGACGCUGCUGGAGGUGCUGGUGUCCGUGCUGCAGGCCCAUGCCUGGGAGGACGUUGGCCUGGUGCUCUGCCGCACGCGGGACCCUGGUGGCCUGGUGGCCCUCUGGACAAGCCGGGCUGGCAGGGCCCCAAAGCUUGUGCUGGACAUGAGCCGACCCGACACCGGUGAUGCAGGGUUGCAGGCCCGCCUUUCUUCUCUGGGGGUGCUGGAGGGGGGCUCAGCCCUAGUACCUGUGGCCGUGCUCCUUGGCUGUGACAUGGCCCGUGCCCGUCAGGUGCUGGAGGCUGCCCCUCCCGGGCCCCGCUGGGUGCUAGGCACGCCGCUGCCUGCAGAGGCACUGCCCACUGAGGGCCUGCCACCUGGGCUGCUGGCACUGGGCGAGGUGGCUCGACCCUCACUGGAGGCCACUAUCCACGACGCGGUGGAGCUGAUAGUGCGGGCGCUGGGCAGCGCAGCCCGUGUGCAGCCAGAGCGUAUCCUUCUCCCCGCCACCACCAACUGCAAUGACCUGAAGCCACCCAAACUCCAGUCCUCAGGCCACUUCUUGGCACAGUUCCUGAGCAACACAUCCUUCCAGGGCCACACAGGGCCAGUGUGGGUGACCAGCUCCUCCCAGGUGUACAUGUCCCGGCACUUCCAGGUGUGGAGCCUGCGCCAGGACCCGCUGGGCACCCCAGCCUGGGCCACACUGGGCAGCUGGCAGGAUGGGAGGCUGGAGUUGGAGCCAGGGGGUGCUGCUGUGCAGCCCCCAUCCCCGCUGGGUGCCCGGGUCCGGCCUAAGCUGCGUGUGGUGACCCUGGUGGAGCAUCCAUUUGUGUUUGCCCGAGAACCAGACGAGGAUGGGCAGUGCCCAGCAGGACAGUUGUGCCUGGACCCUGGCACCAACGACUCUGCCACCCUGGAUGCGCUGUUUGCUGCCCUGGCCAACGGCUCGGUGUCCCGUGCUCUGCGCAAGUGUUGCUAUGGCUACUGCAUUGACCUGCUGGAGCGCCUGGCAGAGGACAUACCCUUUGACUUUGAGCUAUACAUUGUGGGCGAUGGCAAGUACGGUGCCCUGCGGGAUGGCCGCUGGACUGGCCUGGUGGGUGACCUGCUAGCUGGCAGGGCCCACAUGGCAGUCACCAGCUUUAGCAUCAACUCAGCCCGCUUGAAGGUGGUAGACUUCAGCAGCCCCUUCUUCUCCACCAGCCUGGGCAUCAUGGUGCGGGCAAGAGACACGGCCUCACCUCUUGGGGCCUUUAUGUGGCCGCUGCACUGGUCUAUGUGGCUGGGUGUCUUUGCCGCCCUGCACCUCACCGCGCUCUUCCUCACGCUUUACGAGUGGUGCAGCCCCUAUGGCCUCACACCCCGCGGCCGGAACCGCGGCACCGUUUUCUCCUAUUCCUCGGCCCUCAACCUCUGCUACGCCAUCCUGUUUGGACGCACAGUAUCCAGCAAAACCCCCAAGUGCCCCACUGGGCGUCUGCUCAUGAACCUGUGGGCCAUCUUCUGCCUGCUCGUGCUGUCUAGCUACACGGCCAACCUGGCUGCCGUCAUGGUCGGGGACAAGACUUUCGAGGAGCUGUCAGGGAUUCACGACCCCAAGCUGCACCACCCGUCCCAGAGCUUCCGCUUUGGCACUGUGUGGGAGAGCAGUGCAGAGGCCUACAUCAAGAAGAGCUUCCCUGAGAUGCACGCACACAUGCGGCAACACAGCGUACCCACAACACCUCAUGGCGUUGCCAUGCUCACGAGCGACCCCCCCAAGCUCAAUGCUUUCAUCAUGGACAAGUCACUCCUGGACUAUGAGGUCUCCAUCGACGCCGACUGCAAACUGCUGACUGUGGGCAAGCCCUUUGCCAUUGAGGGUUAUGGCAUCGGACUCCCUCAGAACUCACCGCUCACCUCCAACCUGUCCGAGUUCAUCAGCCGCUACAAGUCCUCUGGCUUCAUCGAUCUGUUGCAUGACAAGUGGUACAAGAUGGUACCUUGUGGGAAGCGGGUACUUGCUGUCACAGAGACCCUGCAGAUGGGCAUCUACCACUUCUCCGGUCUCUUUGUGCUGCUUUGCCUGGGCCUGGGUAGUGCCCUGCUCAGCUCUCUGGGGGAGCACAUCUUCUACCACCUGGUGCUGCCAUGUAUCCGGAGGGGUAACAGGUUGCAGUACUGGCUACACACAAGUCAGGUGAGGAGAUGGCACAGGGCGGGCAAGCAUGGGCAACCUCCCAACCUGACCCAACACAGCCUCUAUCUGGCUCACAGAGAAUCCACCUCGCCCUCAACACAGAGCCGCUGGACAAGCAGAAAGAACCUGAGCCAAGGUAAGGGGCUCCCACUCCACCAGCUCCUACACUCGCCUCAGGCCUGCCAUUUUACACCUGCAGGCCCCACUCCCAUUCCAGAGCCGAACCAGGAUCUGGAGAAGCAGCAACAAGACAUACCAACUGCCCGCUCAGGCCAGGGCAACUGGACACGGGUGUGCCAGGCCAUGGUAAGGGAGCGUCAUGUGCACUUCCUUCUGGAGCCAACCUUGGCCACUGCUCCAUCAGUAGUGGGCACAGAUGUGGAGGGGAACAGGUCACCUGAGGGUCCCAUCCAGCUCUGCUCCAAUGGCCAGCCACCCACCAUGCUGCCCACUGGCGCCCCACGCCCGGGGGAGCUGGAGGAACUGGAGCAGCACAUUGCGGACGCACGUUCAAGGCUCCAUCAGGCGCUGGUGCGGCAUGGGGAGCUCCUGGCCCAGCUCCCAGGUGGCAGCUGCGAUGGGCCACUGUGCCUGCUCUAGGCCUCCAGUGGUCUCCACCUGCUUCAUCACUGGGAGGUGGCCAUGCCGCACCACACCCAGCCCACUUGACUUUGCAUGAGGGCGGACCCUGCAGGAGCUAAUCCCAGCACCGGGUGCAUGCAGACACUGGCUGGGUGCUGUCAACAGACAGUUUAUUCUAUAUACAAACACAAUUUUGUACACUGCAAUUAAAUAGAAUGGAAUGAGCACUCUGCA